AUGAAGCUUUUGCGGCGAAAGAAGAAAAACGAAAAAGGGUCUUCACCCCCUGCGUUUUCGCAAGAAAGCCAGGGAGGCUCGUCUCAUUCGGGUGGCAGCCCAGCUUCUCUCGGAGUUAUCGCCCUAUCUCGCAUGUUUUCGAGUAAGUCUCCUUACCAGUCUCCAAGGAGCUUCAACUUUUCCUCAACCCCCAAGUCGUUCCGCGGGUUUCUAGGAAAGGCGAGUCCGUUCGCUUCAAUUUCCGUGACACCAGUUUCUGUUGAGGAACAUGCCAAGGGAAGUGAGCGACUCCCAUUUGUUAAGCAAUCCAAUGAUUCGGUUUCAAUGUCCGAAGAUGAUGUGGUGCACCACAGCGUUACAUCGGUUCCACGCCUCUCCGCGAACAUGCAGGCUCUGGAAGCUCGUACAUUUGGGAAAGAGCUCCCUUCUGCCAAAGCUGUUGAUAGUACUCUGUUUCCAGAUAGGCGGGAGAAGAAAAGAGAGCAGCGAGGCAAAGCUGGCUCUGCUAGUGGAGGAAAGGAGGAAAGCGGAAGUGGGAAGGAAUCUGCGUCCCUCUCAGAGCACUGGAUGAUAGACUACAACCUUCUUGUCCUGGGGAAGACAAUUGGAAAUAGUUCGUUUGGUGCUGUAAACGAAGGGAAAUUAAAUGGCACCAAAGUUGCGGUAAAGACAAUCCAACGAGACGGCAAUCCAAACGCGUCAACUGGUAUUGACGCAUUCAAGAAGGAGGCUGAGCUAAACUGCCAGCUUCGGCAUCCAAACAUUGUUCUCUUCAUGGGAAUAUCUGUGCAACCGACCAAAGUUUGCAUCGUAACUGAAUUAAUGGCUCGAGGAAACGUGCGGGACCUACUCGUAGGCAUAAAAGCAAAGGGAAAACCGUUAAGGCUGGAUUGGAGUCUGAGACAGCAAUGGGCCCUUGAUACAGCCCAAGGUAUGGCGUAUUUGCAUUCACAUGACCCUCCAAUGAUUCAUCGCGACUUGAAGACCACAAACUUGUUAGUCGAUCGCGGCAUGAACGUCAAGAUCUGCGAUUUUGGGCUCUCCCGUAUUCGUUCCGAUCAACAGAUGAGUGCGGUAGGCACUGUUCAUUUCUCUGCCCCUGAGGUGCUUCGCCACGAAAAGUACACUGAAAAAGUCGAUCUGUUUUCAUUCGGCGCUGUUUGUUGGGAGCUUUACACUCGAUUGCCUAUCUUCAAAGGAAUGCCGCAGAUUGAGGUCUACAAGUCGGUCGUGGACGGGAUCAUGCCACCGGUUGAUGACAAUUGCGACCCGAGAUUUAAACAACUGAUGAAAGAAUGCUGGGACACGAACCCAGCAAAGCGGCCUGCGUUUCGAGAGAUUAUCGAGAGGUUGUCAGUUCUCGUAGAGGAGACUGAGGAAGCGUCUUAG